AUGGCUUCUGUCACUCUUCAACAGGCUUUCGCACAGGUUGCAGUUGCCUUGCAAUCCGAAUCUGGAUUCAAGGCCUAUUCUGUUGAUCCGGUGCAGAAAACUUCGCAAAUCGAGUCCUUGUCGGCUAACGACUGUCUCGAGUUUAUUGAGGACUCCCAGGCCACUGUGCUGGGACUGCAUUCUGAUGACCUGCUCAAGCAAUUGCCUAUCAUAUCCCAUUCCACGCAGAAACUCAUCAUCAAUUCUCCUAUCACUAAUGACGACUACUCUGUUGUUUUGGCAUUUAAGGAUCUUGGAAUUCCUAUUUUGAUUUCUUCCAACCCACAAGAAGCGCUUGACUUUUUCAUCCUGUCAUAUCUGGUUUCGAAAUUUACAGAUGGUGCCAUGCUCCACUUUUAUCUGGACCAGUCUCAGAGCUUUAAGUCGUACCCUGACUCUAGUAUCACCAAGGUGUACGCCAGCUUUGAGGGCCAGGAUCUCGAGUCUGCCUUUGGUGCUCUCAAAGAGCUCACUGGUCACUCCUACUCGGAAUUUGAGUUUUUGAACUCCUCCUGGUUCUCGAAAUAUGACCAGAUCCUGCUCUUGCUGGGCAACCAGAACGUUUUAGGUUCUGCUCUUCCGUCUGGAGUCGGCCUCAUUUCCGUCAAAGUCUACAGACCAUUCAACGUUGCAAAGCUUGCCAAACUGGUCUCGUCAUACUCCCGCGUGCUGCAAAUUCUGGAGCAGAGUUCUGUGCAGCUGGACUUCCAGCCGCUUCUGCUGGACAUUCUGGACCUGUUGCCCCAGUUUUCGUCUGUCAUAUCUAGCCAGUUGCUAAAGAUUGACUCGUCGAACGUUGACGACGUGCUCAGUGACCUGUUCGCCAAUUCUGAGCUCGACGAGCCGGUGCAGAACAUGACUUUAGGAAAACCUUUCAAAUCUGUCUCUGCCACCGUUUCGCGCUCGUCUUCACUCUCUGAAGAUAUCUACGUCAGAUUGUUGCGCCAGGCCGUUCCUAACCUUUCUGUGCUGAACAACAUAGUGCUGAAUCCAUCGCCAGAGUUUGCUUUUGGUAAGUUCUUGUACGAGGAGGAGCAGAGAAACAAGCUAGUCAAUCUUAUUGAGGACAAUUUGGGCGAGUUUGCUGGAUCUGUUCUUAGUGACAAGCUUGCCGCAUGGCUGAUCAAGGCCAAGGAGGGCGACGAGGUCGAUGGCACAGAGCUGGCUGCUGAGCUGGCCCAGUCCAAGGCCCCUGUGGUCAGAGACAUUCUGGCCUUGAAGGAGUAUUUGACCGUCAAGACGAGCUGGCUGAUAGGUUCCGACAAGUGGUGUUUUGACCAAGGACUCUCAACGCUGCACCAGGUGCUCAAGACCAACAAGAGAGUCAAGCUGCUGAUCAUAGACUCGGAUUCGUCGCUGAACAGAAAACAGGGCAAAAAGAAUGCCGGGUUGUACGCGAUGAACUAUGGCAAUUCGUACGUUGCAUCGGUGGCCCUGUACUCGUCGUACUCACAAACGUUGACUGCGCUUUUGGAGGCCAACAAGUUUGCCAACGGUCCGGCCAUUGUGCUGGCGUACUUGCCGCACUACGACGACCAUCUUGAGAUCCUUAAGGACACCAAGAGCUCUGUCGAUACUGGUUACUGGCCGCUCUACAGAUACAAUCCAUUCCUGGAAAACGAAGAGGACCAAUUCCAGUUGGACUCGUCCUUCAUCAGAAACGAGCUCAAGGAGUUCCUUGAUAGAGAAAACAGGCUCACAAUGCUGGCUGCCAAGAGCCCGAAACUCGACUUCAACCUCAAAUCGUACAACAACAUGGUGGAGAAGAAGAUGAACGAGAAGUCCAAGGACGCGUUCAGCAAGAUGCUCGAGAACCUAAGCGGCGAGCCAUUGACUAUCGCAUUUGCGUCUGAUGGAGGCAACGCCGAGAACCUGGCCAAGAAGAUGGGCAGAAGAGGAGCCGCCAAGGGCCUCAAGAUCAAGCUUCUGGCCAUGGACGAUUUUUCUCUGGACGACCUGGCCAUGGAGACCAAUGUUGUUUUCAUCACGUCCACCUCUGGACAGGGAGAGUUCCCUACCAACGGUAAGCUGUUCUGGGAGGCUCUCAAAUCCAGCACGAUUGACCUUGCCAACCUCAAGUUUUCCGUGUUUGGUCUGGGAGACUCGAAGUAUUGGCCAAGAAAGGAGGACGCUCAUUACUACAACAAGCCGGGUCAAGAUCUGUUCAAAAAGCUGACUUUGCUGGGCGGCAAUGUCCUCACCGACUUGGGGCUCGGAGACGACCAGGACGCCGACGGCUACAACACCGGCUACAACGCCUGGGAGCCAAAGGUCUGGGAGGCUCUGGGAGUGUCUGUGGAGAACGCAGAUGAGCCUCCGCCAAUCACGAACGAGGAUAUCAAGAUUAACUCCAACUUCCUCAGAGGAACCAUUGCGGAAGGCUUGCAGGAUGCCAGCACUGGCGCCAUUUCUGCCUCCGACCAGCAAUUGACCAAGUUCCACGGUAUUUAUAUGCAGGACGACAGAGACGUGAGAGAGCAGCGCAAGAAGGAAGGUCUCGAGCCAGCGUACGCAUUCAUGGCGCGUGUGCGUCUUCCGGGAGGUGUUGCUACGCCGGACCAGUGGCUCAAAAUCGACGAGCUGUCGAGCUCCAACGGCAACGGCACCUUCAAGAUCACCACCAGAGCCACGUUCCAGCUGCACGGCGUGAUCAAGUCGAAAUUGAAGCCUACCAUCAAAGGCAUCAACACGGCUCUGAUGGAUACACUUGCUGCGUGCGGUGACGUCAACAGAAACGUCAUGUGUUCAGCUCUGCCUUCGAACCAGCACCUGCACUCACAGCUGGUGGAGACGUCCAAAAUCAUCUCCAAGCAUCUGCUACCAUCGACCACCGCGUACCACGAGCUGUGGCUCGACGAUCUGGAUCUCGAGAGAGGCAUUGAGGGCGGCCCUAGAAAGAUCAAGGUGGGUGGCGACUCUAUUCAAGACACUGAGCCGCUGUACGGCCCUACAUACCUGCCAAGAAAGUUCAAGGUUGUGCUGACUCUGCCUCCAUACAACGACGUGGACGUCUAUGCACACGACAUUGGGCUGAUUGCCAUUGUCGAGAACAACAAUAUUAUCGGCUACAACGUGCUGGUGGGUGGUGGAAUGGGAACCACGCACAACAACACCAAGACGUAUCCAAGAACGGGCUCGAUGUUUGGUUUCUGUCCGGUGGAAGAUAUCCACAUCGUGUGCGAAAAAGUGAUGAUUGUCCAGAGAGACAACGGUGACAGAAAAAAUAGAAAGCACGCCAGAUUGAAGUACACGAUCGACGACAUGGGCGUGGACGUGUACAAGAGCAAAGUCGAGGAGCUGUGGGGCAAGAAGUUCGAUGCUCCGAAACCGUUCAAGAUCGACUCCAACAUCGACUAUUUUGGCUGGUGCAAGGAUGAGGUCGGCCUCAACCACUACACCUGCUUCAUCGAGAACGGAAGAAUCGAGGACACAGUGGAGGCACCUCAGAAGACAGGACUGAACAAGAUUGCGCACUACAUGAAAGAGCACAAUUUCGGCGAGUUCAGACUGACCGGAAACCAGCACAUUUUGCUGUCGAAUGUCCCUGACGAGCACCUGAGUACACUCAAGGAGAUGAUGAAGGAGCAUAAGCUGGAUAAGACUAACUUCUCUGCGCUGAGGCUCUCGUCGUCGUCCUGUGUGGCCCUGCCAACGUGUGGUCUGGCUAUGGCCGAGGCCGAGAGAUACCUGCCUGUGCUGAUUUCGAAGCUGGAGGCAGAACUUGAGAACCUUGGUCUGAGAAACGACUCCAUUGUGAUGAGAAUGACGGGAUGUCCUAACGGAUGUGCCAGACCAUGGCUUGCUGAGGUUGCACUCGUUGGAAAGGCCCCCGGCACCUACAACAUGAUGCUUGGUGGAGGAUACAAGGGAGAGCGUUUGAACAAGCUGUACAGGACCAACGUGGAUGAGCAGCAGGUGCUCAACAUUCUGGUGCCAAUGUUCAGAAGAUGGUCGCUGGAGAGAUACGAAGGAGAGCAUUUCGGAGACUUUGUGAUCCGUGCCGGAUAUAUCAAGCCAACCACUGAAGGCAAGACUUUCUGGGACGAUCUGCCAGAGGACCUUUAG